CAUAUCUUGUACAUAUAUUGUAUAUUCAAAAUCCACAUUGGCAAAUAUUUUUCGAGACGAAUAACUACGUCUUGUUAUAAAUUUAUUCGGAAAUAAAAAAUCCCAUAUUCACCAAAAAGAGUACGGUUGACUGAUAUUAUCAGUGUACACUGUAAAAAAUAUUUUACUAAUUUCAUAUUUUCUAAAUGAACACAGCUUCAAAAGUAUCUUUUAUAAAUCUACUAAACUUCAAAAAAUACCAAAAAUGAUUUCUGAUGAAACAAGUCCAUGUACACCAGAAGCUACAUGCUCAAAACAGGGUGCUAUAAAGCAAAUAAGCAUUUCAUAUUCCAAAUUUAUUUCUGAAAGUGACGUUCUUAUAAGCUACUGCACUCGAUUUUCAUCUUUACCGAUUGAAGACCACUCUAAAUCGUUAUUAGAAGUAAAAAACGAAAGUCUUCACGAAUUGUGGACACGUCUCCAAGCUGCAUAUGACGCUAUAUCACUAGUACAUUUAAAAACAACUUACGUCAAAUAUGAGAGUUGUUUAGACCUGUUUAAUGAGACAAAAGCUAUGAUCUCCGAUCAAUUACAACUUAAAAAUAUAAGUGCACCUACUCCCCAACCGAGAGUAGAGUUGCCACAAGUACAAGCGCCAGAGGCAAGUAGAGGCAUCCAUUUCGAGGUGCCAGCAUGUGACACAGAAAUAUUUGAUGGAAGUUAUGAACAAUGGCCGUCCUUCCGGGACAUGUUUACAACCAAGUACAUAAACCAUCCCAAAUUAACACAAGCGCAAAAACUGUAUCACUUGCGAUACAAAACUAAGGGUCAAGCAGGCAUAAUAGUCAAAUCGUUCGCAUUAAAUGACGAAAACUUCAAUUUCGCUUGGGAAGCUCUGAAUAUAAAAUGCGAAAAUGAAAAAUUUAUAGCCGAUAAACAAAUGGAGAUAUUAAAUAACUUGCCUCAAAUGGAAAAAGAAAUAAGAAAAAUACAAUUCAAAGAAGCGCAAAAAUCAAAAUGCAGAAAUGAAAGAGAAUUGGUCGAAAAACAAGUCAAGAUAUUACUGAACUUGCCUAGAAUGCGAAAAACAACGAGUGCAGAAUUUAAUAAAGUUCUUUCCGCUGUUACUAAUUGUUUGUUCAUUCUGUCGACACUAAAUGUUUCCACACACAGUUGGGACCCUAUACUGGUAUAUGUCUGCACCGCAGCAUUACCAGCAGAAUCAAUACUUUUGUGGGAGCAAUCGCUCCCCUCACGAAAAAAAUGCCCAACAUGGCAACAAAUGAAAGACUUUCUAACUGCCCAAUAUGAAAUAGCGCAAAUAGUAGAAGCAAGUAGAAAUAGAAGCUCUUUGAAAAUACAAUCAUUCACAACUGAACGCCAUAAAUAUACGUCAUGUGAACUUUGUGCAAAAGUACAUAAACUAAAAUUUUGCAAAAAAUUAAAAAAAUUAAAUAUUAUCGAAAGAAAUAAUUUUGUAAGAGCAAAAAGGCUUUGUAUAAAUUGCUUGUCACAUGCGCAUACACUUAAAGAUUGCCAAAGCAAAUAUAAUUGCGUCUAUUGCCGGAAAAGACACCAUUCUAUGCUUCACUAUUGCACGUUUUCGAGCUCACAUUAAAAGCGCUUAUACAAAAAGAGCCACGAGCUUGGUUAAAACACGAAGUCCCGAAAUCGGCUAAGAAACACUCAUUAAAAACUCAAAAGCUACACAGCGAAAUACAAAUGCACCCAGAAACAAAUCGAAGAAUCAUCUACUGGGCUUGGUAUUCGCCUAGGGAUGCUGGGAUGUUAAAUAAGCAUAAGCCGCACAUUACAUAUACUCAUACACAAAAAUCUACACCUCACAACACUGUCACACCACAUCCAUCACAUCAUGAGAAGCACAACACUGACACACCACAUUCACCCCAGCUGAGAAAACCACACACGAUGACACCACAUUAAUACACCACACAUGUUAACACAACACAGUCGAUCACGAACUCACAACAAUCAACAAAAAUGGAUUAACAACCCGACCAUAUCCUUUUUCUCACGUAUUCGUGAUCGCGAUCAUAAGCCGUUCACCGCAGCCCAUAUAUUCGCUUAUCAACAUUUCGGAGAUUGUCUUUUAAUUACUUCUGUUCGCUCAUUUUUUGAAAUAAUUUGUAAAAAUACUAUUGAAAUAUAAUAAAAUAAUACAUAAUUAAUUUACAUUUUCUUAAACAUUU